CUUUGCUGAAUUCAGUUUUAGUCAAAUCGAAUUUGAACGCCUCCGACUCUGGAGAUCUCACUUUAGGAGGAGUUUAUGACUACUGUAGCUCUCCUAGGAUCUUUACCAAAACGCUUUUCACAGUGAGAGACUCGGGCUGUGCAGUUACUGGAGUCUGUAGAGGUUUUUGUGGUGCAAAGUUCGGUUUCUUGACUAGUGAACACUUUAUGGGAAAUGAGCCAAACUAACCCACAGUUAUCGUGUUGCAAUACUUGGCCAGGGGAGGACAAAAAGAGCACAGGCGACGCUGUGAGUGUUCCCAACAUGGCGCGUAAAAGUGAAGAAAGUCGGGUCUGUUUCACCAGAAACUCUGGACUCUUUAAUCCGCAAGCCUGUGUCAUGAAAAAACACAGCUGUCAAACAGCUGCUGCCCCUCAGGAGGAGUUGUUAAACGCUGGCUGCCGGGUGGGAGACAGUCCCUCUUUUUCUGCCUGCGCCACAAUCUCAGAAACAACCAGGGAGCUCUGCAAAGCUGUGUCCCUGUCGCUGGGUCUGGUCAUGGAGUCCAAUGACACUAGCUACGUGGACGCUGUUCUCCCACCUUGUGCCGCAAAUGACCAGAUACGCGGGGACUAUUUUUUCAGAGCUGGAGCCGAAGCCGUGCCUCUGAGCUGUCCUGGAGCCAAGGCUGCUGUCACCGAGUACCUGUGCCCUGACAGAGACGACCGGUCCCUGCGCAGCCAGGAGCAACACGUGGAAGUGUUCAGAAGUUCGGAGGGUGGUGCGUCUCUGCUUCCCCUCACCUCCACUCGAAAAUCUGAGGAUGAACAAAACUUCCCACUGUGCGAGGCAGAGGACAUAAAUCCAAAACAGACUGAUAAUGUGGACACAGCGCGUGCUGCUUCUUGCCCUUACGCACCACCUGCGCCAGACAGCAUGACACACUUUGGCCACACGGCUAGACAGAGGCCCUGUCUGGUCUACAAACCCCCCGAUGAAGCGAGAGACUUCGGGGAAGCCAUGGAGAACAAGUUCGGUGGUUAUCAGCCACAACAAUACGGCGUCAAAGUGAAAUCUGAGGACAUUGAAUCUGCUGGAGUGUCGUGGGCCAGUAAUUACACCAUUAAUGAGAAGUACAACUCUCAGUUUUUGGGGUCGAGGCAGUGCGCGAGGGCACACAGCACAGGAUCCAGCAACGCGUUCAUAUGUAAUCCGUAUGAGAGGAGCGUCACGCGUCCUGACCAGUGGUACCCCGGCGGGUUGCUGAAGCCGCCCUGUCCCAGCAAUUACAUGAAGCCUGAUGUCGGCGAAUGGAUGGACGUCGCCUAUAACGAAUCUAGGUUUGAGGGAGGCAGAGAGCACAUGUUUCCCAUGGAGUUCUUCAUCACACCACAGAGAACAUGCCUGAUCUGUUCAGACGAGGCGUCUGGCUGCCAUUACGGUGCACUCACCUGUGGCAGCUGCAAGGUUUUCUUCAAGCGAGCUGCAGAAGGCAAACAGAAAUACCUGUGUGCAAGCAAAAAUGACUGUACUAUUGAUAAGCUGAGAAGAAAGAACUGUCCGUCUUGUCGGCUAAAGAAGUGUUUUGAAGCUGGAAUGACUCUUGGAGCACGUAAACUAAAGAAAAUUGGACAACAGAAAACCCUUGAAGAGGAUCAUCCUGUCCAGGAACCUGCUGAGGUUGCCCGGAGUAUCUCUCCUAAAGCAGAUGUGAACUUCAGCUCCCAGCUGAUCUUCCUUAGCAUCCUGGAGUCCAUUGAGCCCGAGGUGGUAAAUGCAGGAUAUGACUACGGCCAACCAGAAUCAGCAGCCACCCUGCUCACCAGCCUCAAUGAGCUCGGAGAGAGACAACUGGUCAAAGUGGUCAAAUGGGCGAAAGGACUUCCAGGGUUUAGAAAUCUCCAUAUGGACGACCAAAUGACUAUCAUUCAGCAUUCAUGGAUGGGGGUGAUGGUGUUGGCUCUGGGAUGGAGGUCCUAUAAGAACGUCAAUGGCAGGAUGCUUUACUUCGCCCCGGAUCUUGUGUUCAAUGAACAUCGGAUGCACGUUUCCACCAUGUAUGAGCACUGCAUACGGAUGAGACAUAUUUCACAGGAGUUUGCGCUGCUGCAGGUCACCCAGGAGGAGUUUCUCUGCAUGAAGGCCUUGCUCCUCUUCAGCAUUAUUCCAGUUGAGGGUCUGAAGAAUCAGAAGUACUUUGAUGAAUUGCGUCUCACCUACAUCAACGAACUCGAUCGCCUCAUUAACUAUCGAAUGACGACCAAUUGUUCUCAGAGGUUCUACCAGCUCACUCAGCUCCUGGACUCUCUCCAGAUGACAGUAAAGAAGCUCCAUCAGUUUACAUUUGACCUUUUUGUCCAGGCUCAGUCACCUCACACAAAGGUCAGCUACCCAGAGAUGAUUGGAGAAAUCAUCUCGGUGCAUGUACCAAAGAUCCUGACAGGUUUAGCUAAACCAAUCUUGUUUCACAAGUAGAAGUUGUUGUUUUGUAAAUCAAAAACCAACUCAUUUUUGUUGCCUUGAUAAACAUUAACAAAAGCUUUGUACUGCUUUCCUACCAGUUUGACCUCUUGUCCUGUAAUCAUUACUUUAUUGCUCAACUUGUUUUUUUGACUUUAGCGAUAAUUGAGAUUGUUUGUGCAGAACUGUUAAAGCUUUUAACUGAAGAGCGGCAAAGCUGCAAGGCAUCACCUGUUGACAGCUCUGCUGCUGUGGAGUGGAGAGUUUGUGGUUUUACCUGGAGAACAAAUGCAAUUUAACAUGCACAGUAAGUCUGUAAAUCAAUAUUAAAGCAA